AACCUUGCAUCAGUUAGAGGAUGGACACGCAAGAACAAGACAGGUUGAUCAAAUGAAAUGGCGUCGGUUAGAGAGUUGCUCUUUGCUACUUUGGAAGAGCUGCUUGCUGACCAGCUCAAGACUUUCCAGUGGUUCCUGGCCAGUAAUGUCCUUGAAGGAUUCGAUCAUAUUCCAAGAGCCCGGAUAGAAGACGUCGACAGGACGAGUACUGUGGAUCUUUUAGUGAAUACGUAUGGCUAUGAUGGUGCUGUUACUGUUACUGUGGAUGUACUGCGGAGGAUGAAACUCAAACUGUGGGCUGAAACACUACAGGAGAAGUAUGCUAAAGUUCCCAGAAACCAAGAAGGCAAAGAAAGCGACCACCACCAAAUCCAAGAAAAACUGAAAUCCACUUUGAAGGAAAAGUGCCAAAACAUUUAUCAGGGCAACGCGGAUGAAGGGGAAACAGUGUACCUGAACAAAAUCUACACAGAGCUGCACGUGAUCGAAGGAGCCUAUGGAGGCUUCACCGAGGAGCAUGAGGUCAGACAACAGAGGUCUACCUACGUGACAACAGAAGGAACCACCAUUAAAGCUAGCAACAUUUUCAAACCCAACCAAGAGAAGCGAAUCAGAACCGUGCUUACCCAGGGCAUACCUGGGGUGGGUAAAACUGUCUGUACGCAGAAGUUUACCCUGAGCUGGGCAGAAGGAGAAGAAAAUCAGGACAUCACCUUCCUUUUUCUACUUCCUUUCCGGGAGCUAAAUCCCAACAUAGGUGAGAAGGAUUUCAGUCUGAUGCAGCUGCUCCAUCAGUUCUUCCCUGUGAUUAAAUCUCUUGAGAAGCUGGGAACAGACUGCAAAGUCCUCUUCAUCUUUGACGGCCUUGACGAGACACUUCUCCCCUUGAAUUUCAAACACAACAAGGUCUUGAGAGAUGAGACCCAGCCCGCCUCGCUUGAUGUGCUGAUCACAAACCUCAUCACAGGAGAUCUGCUCGGCAAUGCGCUAAUCUGGAUCACCUCCAGGCCUGCAGCAGCCGGCCUAAUCCCUCGGAAGCACAUCCACCAGUGGACAGAGGUAAAGGGCUUCGCUUAUGACCAGAGGGAGGAAUACUUUAAGAGACACUUGCACGAUGAUAAACUUUCCAGCAACAUCAUCAACCAUGUUAGGUCGUCAAGGAGCCUCUACAUCAUGUGUCAAAUACCAGUUUUCUGCUGGAUCACUGCCACCGUAAUGAAGAAGAUGCUGCGUGACAACGUGACCGGAGGUAUGCCCAACUCUCUGACCGAGAUGUACGUUUACCUCCUCCUCUGCCAGACAGACCGGAUGACUGAAGGUCAUUACCCGAUGAAAAGCAACAACGUUGUUUUGAAGCUAGCGGAGCUGGCGUUCCGUCAACUGGAGAAAAAAAAACUGGUCUUCUAUGAGGCUGACUUGAAAGAGUGUGGCAUAAAUGUCGAAGAAGCCACCAUCUACUCAGGAGUUUGCACUGAAGUCUUCACUAUGGAAGGAAAUAGGAAACGAGAAGUUUUUAGCUUUGUACAUUUGACCAUCCAGGAGUUUCUGGCAGCUGUGUAUGUCCGUUACUCAUACAUGCAACGAAAAGAAAAUGUUCUUCUUGGAUACCUGAAAAGAAUGUCAACAAAAUUGCUGCCCAAGUCUGUAUUCAGUUUUCACAAGAUUGCCAUUGAAAAAGCCUUGGAGAGUCCGGACGGCCACUGGGACCUCUUCCUUCGCUUCCUACUGGGACUUUCACUGAAGUCCAACCAGGAGCUGCUAAGUAGAGUAUUGCAUUUGGAUGGAGACGGAGAGGAAGAUGUGGCAAAAACCAUCCAGUUUAUCAAGGAGAAGAUCAAUGAAGAGCCAGAAGCUAAGCUCAACUUGUUCCACUGUCUGAGCGAGCUCAAAGAGGAAUCUCUAGUGCAGGAGAUCCAGAGAUUCAUGGGCUCUGGGAGGCUCACAGCUAAAAAGCUGUCUCCAGUCCAGUGGUCUGCUCUCACUUUUGAGCUGAUGACUUCAGAUGCAACCGAGGAGGAGUUUGACCUGAAGAAAUACAUAAGAUCAGAAGAGGGGAUUGUGAAGUUGCUGACUGUCAUUACUUCCUCCACACGUGCUCUGCUAGAUCGCUGCAACCUCACUGUGAACUGCUGUGACGCUUUGGCUUCUGCACUGAGUUCAAUAUCCACACAUUUAAGAGCUCUAGACCUGAGUGACAACAAUCUGACGGAUUCGGGGGUGAAGCUACUUUCUGUUGGCUUAAGGAGCCCACACUGCAAACUGAAGAGCUUAAGAUUACAUAAGUGUAAACUGAAAGGAGACUGCUGUGAAGCGCUGGCUGGUGCUGUCAGCACAGAAUCCACCUGCCUCAGAAACCUGGAUCUGAGUGCCAAUGACUUCCAUGAAGCAGGACUGAAGGCUCUUUGUGUGGGACUGUGCAGUCAACACUGCAAACUGGAAACACUGAGGUUGAACCAGUGCAGCCUGAGAGAGAACUGCUGUGCAGAUCUAGCUUCAGUUUUAAAGUCAGGCUCAUCUCACCUAAAAACUCUUGACCUGAGUAGCAACAACUUGAAGGAUUUUGGUGUGUCUGAGCUUGCUGAUGGACUAAAGAGUCCCCACUGUGCACUGGAAACACUCAGACUCAGCCAAUGUGACCUGACUCAGAAAAGCUGUGAUCCCAUUGGCUCUGCUCUCAGCUCAGAGUCUGCCCACCUCAAAGAGCUGGACCUGAGUGGAAACAACCUGCACGGCAUAAAGUCGCUGUGCUCUGGACUCACAAGUCAGCACUGUAAGCUGGAGACAUUAAGAUUAAAUGAGUGCAAUCUCCAGGAAUGCUGUGCUGAUUUGGCCUCAGUCCUCAGCUCGGACAGCUCUCACCUGAAGGAGCUGGAUCUGAGUGGGAACGACCUGCAGGACGCAGAGGUGAAGCUGCUCUGUGUUGGCCUGGCGAGUCCAGACUGUACGCUGGAGACAUUAGGGCUGUCAUUCUGUGGAAUCACAGAGGAGAGCUGCCCUCAUCUGUCCUCUGCUCUGAACUCCAACCCAUUCCAUCUGAGGCAGCUGGACCUCAGCUACAACUACCUGCACGACUUUGGAGCGAAGCUCUCUGUUCAUCAGAAUGAUCCUCUCUGCAAACUGAAAAAACUCUGUGUGGACCAUAAUGCAGAAUGUUACCUGAAAUCAAAGCUGAAAAACUAUGCAUGCUCACUGACGCUGGACCCCAACACAGCUGCCAGGUCUCUCUUCCUGUACGACGGGGGAACCCAGGUGACGUGGACCAGGGAGCAGCAGCAGUACCCGGAUCACCCCGAGAGGUUCGAGAGCGUCUCCCAGGUGCUCUGUCACCAAGGCCUCACCCAGCGCCACUACUGGGAGGUGGAGUGGCGAGGACACUGGGUGGACGUUGCUGUGGCGAUGAGGAGAAUCAGUCGCAGGGCGGGCUCUCACCUCUGCGGGUUUGGCUACACCAGCCAGUCCUGGAGUCUGUACUGCUCCGAGGAUCACUACAGCGCUCAGCACGACCACGAGCCCCUGGAAAUACCAGCACCGCCGUCACGCUCCCACAGGGUCGGAGUGUAUCUGGAUUGGCCGGCUGGCACCCUGUCGUUCUAUAGCGUGUCCUCUGGGACCCUGAAACACCUUCACACGUUCUACAGCAACUUCACGGAGCCCCUCUACCCCGGGUUUGGGAUGGAGAAGGACGACUGCUCCGUGACUAUCUGUACAGUGGUGGACACGCAAGGAGUCGAUUCUCAGUCUGUUAGUGCAGAAAGAACCUAAGUGAUGGAGGAAAUGGUGUCUUUCUGCUCAAAGAGAGUGAAAAUAACGCUGAUAAAUGCUAUGUAGUGAUGUAGUACACAUGAAAUACUCUCUAAAAUACAACCCAGAAGAUAAUACUGUACAUAUUUACCAGCAUAUAGUACCAGUCAAACAUUUGGAGGCACUUACUCAUUCAAGGAUUUUAACUAUUUUUUACGCUGUUUAACAAAACUGGAGACAUCAAACUAACCGUUAUGGGAUUAUGUAGAGAAAAUGAAAGUGUAAACAAAGAAGCACGUGUUACAGGUUUUAGGUUCUUCACGGUAGAAUCCUUUUGCUUUGAAAACAGGUUUGUUCAUCCUCUCAGCCAGUUUCAUGAGGUCAUCACCUGGAGCUGCUGAGUACUUCUUGGCUGCCUUUCCUUCACUCUGCACUGCAACUUAUCCAAAGUCAUCUUAGCUGGGUUUAGUCCAGGUGCUUGUGGAGGUCAGGUUUUUGUUGUUCCCGAUGAAAAAUGGUCAAAACACAGAAACUGUGACCAAAAGUCGUACAUUCACAACUCCAAAAUCUAGAUUUGUCCAUCUUUUGAAUUUCUUUGCCCAAGCAGUUCUGUUAUUCCUCUUGGUCUCCAUGGAAGGGGUUUCUUUGCAGCAGUUCCGACAUGAAGACCUGAUGCCUACAGUCUCUUUGCAACACUUGGUGCUCAGAUGUGUCUGCUGCUUGAACUCUGGGAAGCAGUGCUGUGGGCUCCAAUCGGAGGUGCUGUUGACCAGUGAUUUCUAAGGCUGGUAACUACAAUGAGCUUCUCCUCUGCAGUAGAAGAAACUCUUCUUUUCCUGGGAUGCUCUUGAAAUGAAAGUCAGUUUCAGCUUUGUUGAAUUUCUCAGCACAGACGAACCUUCACGUCACGAGGUAAUGACGGGCUGCUGCUGUUUUUCUGAGCUGAGCUGUUCUUACCAGAAUAAGGGUUACUAUAGAAGCUGAAUAAGGCUCUUUGCAGUGUGGUAAGUCUACCUCAGCACAACAUAAUUGAUGGUCUCAAAAACACACAUCAAUUUAAAACCACCAUAGGUGAUGCCCUUAUGACCUCAGUUAAGAUAUUGCCAUCAGUGCGAAAAGCUGUCAUUAGGGCAAAUAUGAAACAUACUCUGUGUUGUGUUAUUUCUUGUUUAGCACAUAACUCCACAUGUGGUAUCUAGUAGUCUUGAUGUCUUCAGUAUUGAUCUAUAUCAUAGGAAAUGGUAAUAGAAAAGGACAACCUUAAAGUAUAAUAUAGUAAAGCCAUGUAAAUAAAGAGAAUCGCUUGUUUCAAUAUAAAUGUUUCUGUUAAACUGC